AUCUGAUUCCAGUGGAAAUCUAUUGAAGUGUCCGGAUGCGGCAACUCUCUGUUUUAACGGCGUGGGCUGAUGUUGAAACUGACUGUAUGCAUGCUGAACCUCUCUACCAAGGCAAGAUGACACCAUUUUCUAAGAAUAUGGUUUCUGUCCCUCUCUGGAUACCAGUCGUAAUCCUUUUUGUUUCUCUUUGUGAUGGUGGCAAAAUCUUGGUGGUACCUUUGGAGGGAAGUCACUGGGUGAACAUGGACAUCCUCAUCAAGGCUUUACAUGGUCAAGGACACAGCAUUGAUGUAUUACGCACCUCUAAUAGCUGGUUCAUCAAGGAGAAUUCAACUUAUUACGGCUCUAUAACCAUACCUAACACCAAAGGAAUGGAUGAAGAAUUUGUAGACGAAAUGCUUUCCCAAGCAAUCAACUUUGAAAGAGGAAAGAGCAGCUGGCUGGUUUCUGUUUGGCUGUAUUUGGAUACACUUAAUUACACUUAUAAAAUGCAUGAAAUGAUAUGUCAGCUUAUAACAAACAUGUUUGAAAGUGAGGAAAUUAUGAAGACACUGAAGGAAAAGCAAUACGAUCUGGUGCUCACUGAUCCUGUAUGGGGUGCAGGCGUUUUCCUGGCUCAUAAAUUCAAGUUACCCAUGGUAUAUAAUGUGAGAUGGACCACUCCUGGAGAGGGACACUUUGAGAUCGCUCCCUCACCGCUGUCUUACAUCCCUAUCACAAAAUCUGGAAACACAGACAAAAUGAACUUUUUUCAACGAGUACAAAAUAUCUUCUAUUAUUUGCUAAUGUACUUUCAAUAUGGCUAUUUUAAUUUGGCACAGUACCAAGCACUUUGUGACAAAUAUUUCUAUCCACCUGUAAGCUUUUAUGAACUUCUCCAGGGGGCUGAUAUAUGGCUUAUGAGGGUUGAUUUUGUUUUUGAAUUUCCACGUCCAACAAUGCCAAAUAUCAUCUACGUUGGUGGCUUCCAGUGCAAACCAGCAAAGGCCCUUCCACGUGACCUGGAAGUCUUCGUGCAAAGUUCUGGAGAGCAUGGGGUCGUUAUCAUGUCUUUAGGGUCAUUUAUCAGUGUCUUACCAGAUGAGAUAACAGCAGAAAUAGCGGCUGCUUUUGCUCGGCUCCCUCAAAAGGUGAUUUGGAGAUACACUGGAAAAAGGCCAUCUACUUUGGGCAACAACACAUUGCUGGUUGACUGGAUGCCACAGAAUGAUCUUCUAGGGCAUCCAAAGACUAAAGUUUUUAUUGCACAUGGUGGAACUAAUGGGGUUCAAGAAGCUUUGUACCAUGGGAUUCCAGUGAUUGGAAUUCCACUGUUUUUUGACCAGUACGACAAUCUUGUUAGAUUGCAAGACAGGGGAGGAGCCAAGAUAGUUACCAUCGCAACUUUAAAUAAAAACACACUGCACGCGGCCAUACAAGAAGUAAUCAGUGAGCCAUCUUACAGACUGAGUGUACAGAGACUCUCUCAUCUGCACAGAGACACGCCAGUUAAACCUUUGGACAGCGCCCUCUUCUGGAUUGAGUUUGUAAUGAGACACAAAGGUGCUGCUCACCUUCGUUCAGAAUCCUAUAAACUGCCUUGGUACUCCUAUUACUCCGUAGAUGUUGCAGUUACAUUGUUCGCAGUUGUUUUGAUAAUCACUUUCUCCAUAUUUUUUACAGUUAGAUAUAUGUGUGUCAAGUGCUGCAGCAGAAAAAGGAAAACUGAGUGACACGUUUCCAUAUGAAGUAGAUUAUUCUUGCAUGUAUGUCCCACUCAUGCUCAUGUAAUGAGCAGCACACUGAACUUGGUACAACAAUUAAUAAUGACAUGUAGAAUCUGGCCCGAAAACUAAAUAUCCUGACCUUUUCGAGUCAGACUCAACAUAAUGUCAUUAUUAAUCAUUGUACCAAGUUCAGUGUGUUGUUCAUUACAUAAGCAGUAAAGAAUGGGUCAUAUAUGCACUUACGGUCAAACUGCUAAAUGAAUAAAUGUAAAUGUCUCUUUUAGUAAGCAGGUAUGGGAACUCUAUUGCAAAAGAAUCAGAAAUGUAUCAAAAUCUCAGACAAUUCAGACUUUUGAAUUGUGCUUUCCUAUGUACUAAUUUUUUUUAUUUUGUUUUUUUUUCUAAAAUGUUUUUUUGUAUCUGAAUUUGUCUUAAUAGUGAUCCCUUUUUACAGAAAAACAAUACUUAUUGCAGAAUAUAUUUACAUUACUCAAAUAAUAAUAACAUUCACUAUACUGAAAAUAAUGUGGUAUGAUGCAGUGGUGUUUCCUAAUUAAUAUUUGCCAUAAUAAUAGCCAUUUUA